AUGGUUACAAACACUAAUAUACCAAACCGCACAUCUUGUCUUGUACAAUCACUUUCCAGUAAAAAAAGAAGAUCGCCCGACUUCCGUCGUGUCCACUUUUGUACUCAACCUCAGCGUAUCAUUUACACUUAUUCUCAUUCAGACUAUGACAGGAGUGGCCCUUUCUACGAUAUCUUUGAACACUAUGCUAAAGAGAAGUUCAUCGUAGCGCUUUCCAUUAGUUUCGUUCAAUUACAAAAGGAAUCCAAACAAAAACAAGAACAGCAGCGUCCAAAACCUUUCACAAGUACUACAUCAAUCACAACAAUUUCACAAAAAACUGAAUUGCCUGCUGACAAUACUCGACCUAAACAACGCACCGUCGAAGAACAGAAGCUUGGAAAGAGAAAACGUCCUAAUCUCUCGGUCGAUACCACUAAUAUGAGUCCCUUGUAUCUAACCAAUUUAACAACAAAUUAUCAGAGUAAAAGGCUAAGACUGCAGUCGUUUAAGCGAGAAGACAUUUCUCUUCCUUCUCCUUCUCCUUUUACUGCAGUCGACACAAUAACGACAAGUAGCUUCGACAGCUAUAACAAUGAUCUGGAGAGAGAUGACAGUUGCACUGAUGACAUCACAAAGAAAAAUGCAAGGAGAAAUAGUUUGCCAUUUUACCCGUGA